CAGCAGGGACUCCAUUGCUGAUCACAGUGUGUAUCUCGUCGGCCGCCCCUUCAUUUUGCGCGCUCUGUCUCACCGAAAAGUAUUUUCCCGUUCGUGGACUGUGCAGUGCUUGCUAAGUGGCUAAAUUCUCCAGUUUAGUGUUUCUUCCGUUUAUAAGGACCUUAUCAAUCCUUCGCCAUGGCUGAUCAACUUACAGAGGAACAAAUCGCAGAGUUCAAGGAAGCAUUUUCCCUUUUCGAUAAAGACGGCGAUGGCACAAUAACAACGAAAGAAUUGGGCACUGUUAUGCGUUCUCUCGGACAAAAUCCUACAGAAGCCGAAUUACAGGAUAUGAUCAAUGAAGUAGAUGCAGAUGGUAAUGGUACUAUAGAUUUCCCAGAGUUUUUGACGAUGAUGGCGCGAAAAAUGAAGGACACAGAUAGUGAAGAAGAGAUCAGAGAGGCUUUUAGAGUUUUUGAUAAGGACGGUAAUGGAUUUAUAUCAGCUGCGGAAUUGAGACACGUUAUGACAAAUCUUGGGGAGAAGCUUACUGAUGAGGAAGUUGACGAGAUGAUUCGAGAAGCAGAUAUUGAUGGAGACGGACAAGUUAAUUAUGAAGAAUUCGUUACGAUGAUGACAUCAAAGUGAAUACAACUUUCUUGCUGUUUAUUCUCGCGUUUUGGAGUGAUGUUGAUAUAUUAAGCAACAAUAAAAUGACUGUAAGACAAGUGAAAACUCGUAUCAGAAUGUAAAGUAAUGUCGUACGCGAGAUAUCAGUGCACCGUACGUCUUGUAUUAAUCAGCGUUAAUGAUAAGUAACCUGAGUGGUUAAUUAUUAAAAAGAAAAGAUUUGCCAUCGACCAUUUCUUAAACAUGUGUAUUUAUCUCUGCGUGCGCGUGUACACAUAAAAACAAAUAAACACAUAUAUACACAUAAACACUAUGCGCGCGAAAAAACUCGUUAGAAUAAAUUCUCUUACUUUCGCAACUAAGUAUGUGCACGUACGUGAUUAGCGCGCGAUAAUGGAUUUCAGGUUUACACUCCUUUUUUAGUGUAUAUCCGAUUCAAAUUUGAGAAUGACAGAUUCUCUGCGCAGAAAAUACUAAGCCUAGCAACGCCUAUUAUAGCGAAUGUUUGUCCACCUUUUUCAUGGUAAUUCCAUGUCAGGAAUCGAUUAGAGAGUCUAACCAAAGAAAAUUAUUGCUACAUUCAAUCUUGUUCACUACCGUCAUUAGUUUCUAUGAUAUUCAUUAUGAUAUUUUUACUUGUAUAAUUUCACAAUAAUUAUUCUCUUUUUCAAGUUCAAUGCUUUUUUAUGCGUGGCUUAUCAAUCUAGGAUUCUCGCAUUACCGUUCAAUUUCUGUUCAAUCAAUUAAUAAGGAUCUUACCUCUGAGUAUGAAUGUUUUGGUACGAUUGUCUAUUUGAUGAUUUUUCCUAAACUUAUAUUAGUAAAAUAUGUAGUGUUUCUUAAUUUAAUUUGUAUAAGUACUGUGCAACAAAGUGUAUAAAAAUCUUUUUCUGGGAUAUUAUAAAAACCUUUAAGAGGUA